AUGGCUAAUCUCCAAGCAUCGCGGCUUUUCUCGGUCCAGGACCGGGUGGUGGUCAUCACCGGAGGCGGCAGUGGACUCGGUCGCAUCAUGGCCCGUGCCCUCGAUGCCAACAACGUCUCCAAGGUCUUUGUCCUCGGCCGGCGCGAAGACGCACUCCGCGAGACGGGCGCCCAAGCCCCCAACAGCAGCGUGAUCCCCGUGCAAUGCGACAUCACAUCGAAAGAGUCUCUGGAGGCGGCAUACAAGACCGUGGCAUCGCAGACAAGCCACGUCGACCUCCUCAUCGCCAACAGUGGGAUCAUGGGCCCGUUGAUGCGCCACCCCCCACCCGCCGCCGACGGCACACUGCCAUCGCUGAGCGCCGUGCGCGACGAGCUAUUCUCCGUGCCGAUGGAGGAGUUCUCCAAUGUGCUGAACGUCAACGUCACGGGCUCGUACUACACCGUGCUGGCGUUCCUGCCCCUGCUCGAGGCGGCCAACAAGCGCCGCAACGCGCCGCAGGCAGGGGUGCUGUCGGAGCCCACCGCCCAGGUUAUCAUUACUAGCUCGAUUGCUGGUUUUAUUCGCAAGGUCCCGUUUAGCUAUGCGUACAAUGCGUCCAAGUCGGCGACAACCCAUCUCGUCAAGAUGCUGGCUACCAAUUUCGCGGCCUAUGAUAUCCGCUUCAAUGGCAUCUCCCCCGGUCUAUACUACUCCGAUAUGGCGGACCAUAUUUUCUCUGGGGCGGGCAUCAAGGACGCUGGUAUCUCUGAUGGCUCGUUUCCCCGUGAUAUGAUUCCUGCUACCAGGGGUGGCAGCGAGGAGGAUCUUGCGGGCUUGAUUUUGUGGCUGGCCAGUGCUUCGGGAGGGUAUGUCAAUGGCAAUAUCUUGGUGACUGAUGGAGGUCGACUUUCUGUUGUGCCCGCUGUCUACUGA